CUUUUUAGUUCAAUAGGUGGAUGCACGGUUGCCGGUGGGUAAGCAGGGGCAUCGGAAUGGUCAAGAAUAAGGCGAAAAGUACAGCAGAAAGAACUGUAGAGAAAGCGACAGACACGCAAUCGCACAAAAUGGCCUCUGUAGUCUAGUCUUCCAGCUUAGCUUGCCACCUCCAAGAACUCUCGAAGACUCCAUCUUUCAAUCACAUUCUCAGAUUCACCCCCUGCUUACGCAAAAAUAACAUUAUUGUAGAAUUAAUCAGCCAAGUCUUCCCAAGAUUUUAGCUGACCAAAAACAGUCUUCUCCCUGAAUACGUACCCAUCACGCCCUCCCUCUAACACUCUGCAAAACCCAUUCGCCAUUUUCAGCCAAAUCAAGAAAGUGAAGAAAUCCCACACCACAUGCAUUCAUGAGUUGGGUAUGGGGUGUUUGAUUUCUCAGCUGGCGGCGAAGUUGGCUUUCUUUCCGCCUUCGCCGGCCACAUAUCGCGUGAAGAAGCGCGACGGAGACGGCCGCUGGGAAGCUGUCCCGAACUCCGCCGCCGCCGCCGCUUUGACGGCGUCCGUUUCGGAGGACACUUGUCUGGAUGUGCAUAUUCUAGACACCAAGAGGGGAAACAAGAUCGUAGCUUUUUACCUAAAGAGCCCGUAUGCUAGGCUCACUCUGCUGUAUUCUCACGGAAAUGCAGCUGAUCUUGGUCAACUUUAUGACUUGUUUCUUCAGCUCAAAGCUAAUCUCCGAGUCAACAUCAUGGGGUCUGUGUUUAAAGCCCUCUUUCUGAUUGGUAUUAGAACCUUAGUGUUAUUAUUGUCUUCUUGUUGUUCUUGUAAUUUUAGCAUAAAUAGAAAUAUCUGUUUUUUUAUAAUUAAAAAUAAUACAGAGUAAUAAUUAAGCUCAUUGGAGCUCUCUGUGUUUUCUCUAUUGCUGUUUGUAAUUUUAUAUGCACAAAAAAUGCUUCAAGAAGCUUAACUCUAUUCUGACUUCUCCAGCUACGAUUUGUGGGGUUGUAUUUGGGAAAAACUACUCGGGUAUGGCAGAUCUCCGGCCUCAAUUUUUUUUAUUAGGAAAAAAAUCCUGUUUUGGACAUGUCCCUUUGUCUUCAUUAAUUUGGAAGAGAGGUACUCUUUUGUCUUUCUUCUUUAUACUCAUUUCGCUUGUUAGCAUUUUAAAUGAGAGCUCUUAAAAAAUUGGAAGAAAUGUACUCUUUUGUCUUUCUUCAUUUUUUUAAUGAGAGCUCUUCUUGUGGUGGCCGGAGGUCAUAGAGGGUGGGGGAAGGGACAGAGAAGGAAUGGGUCCCCUUCCCCACCAAAGAUAUGUGUCUUUAUAUGAUUAUUCUGGGUAUGGAGCCUCUACAGGGAAGCCAAGUGAAUUUGAUACAUAUGCUGAUAUAGAGGCAGUAUAUGAGUGCCUUCAAGAUGAGUAUGGAGUUAGUCAGGAAGAUGUGAUCCUAUAUGGACAGUCUGUUGGCAGUGGACCUACGUUACACUUAGCGGCUAAGUUGCCGAGGCUGAGAGGGGUGGUUUUACACAGUGGCAUUCUUUCCGGCCUCCGAGUGGUUUGUCAUGUGAAGUUCACUUUUUGUUUUGACAUUUACAAGAAUGUGAACAAGAUGCGCAAGGUAAAAUCUCCUGUGCUUGUAAUACAUGGAACAGCAGAUGAAGUUGUGAACUGGUUACACGGGGACAGACUAUGGAAAAUGGCGAGGGAACCAUACGAGCCAUUGUGGAUUAAAGGAGGCGGCCAUUGCAACUUAGAGCUCUACCCAGAUUACAUCCGCCACCUUCGCCACUUCAUUCAAGAAAUGGAGAAUAUGACCACUGAAGUCCGACUUAAAAAGAUCCGUCAAAAUCUCUCUGAUAUAAACAGGUCUUCUAAGACCACUACUACUUUGAGUUCAAACACUUUCUGUUGUCUAGUAAAAUUGGGCAGCAGAAAAUGCCCAAAGUUUGCUUGCAGCUUCAAACCAGUCACCACAAGAUGUUCGUGUUGGUGAACUGGUGAUAGAUAAGGUAGAUAUGGCGGGGAGGGCCGAGGGGGUAUAUUCUUUCAAUCUCCAUAGUAAUAGUAGUUCAUGUAAUAAACUAAUUUGUUUAUUUGUUUUCUUUUUUAAUCCUCCAACUUUAUUCUCUCUUUUGGGUGAAGUUGCUCUUA